AUGGACGACAAAACCCCGAACCGAAAAGCGUCAGCCACGGAUUUCUUAUCCCCGCCAUCCGACGACGUCUCCACCUGGUCGAUGGAACAAGACGAAAUUCUCGAGGCCGACACGGCCACGACAGCUACUGACGUUUCGAGGUCGCGCGACACGAGCUAUGCCACUUCCGAGACCACCGAGACCACCAUCGAUGCCAACGACGAAAGACAAACCGACCUGAUGAAGAUGAGCCGCAAAGAGAUCGACGAGGGCUACUACCCUCCCCUGGAUGGCGCAAAGGAUCAGAACAACGACAGGAACGGCUGGUCCCGUGGGGGCAUCAGAUUCGCGCCCUUGCGGGUGCCGCUCGUGAGAAGACUGCAGACCCUGGCGGUGCUGUUCCACUGUACCUCCAUCGUCUUCUUCCCCGCUCUCUUCUUCUUCCUUUGCGCCAUGCCGCUCCUAUGGCCUCUUGUAAUUCCGUACCUUAUUCACCUCUCCAUCUCGACGGCUGCGUCGGACGGAAAUCUCAAAUAUCGAUCCGAACAUCUUAGGUCCUUACCUAUGUGGAGGCUCUUUGCCGGCUACUUCUCCAUCAAGCUACACAAGACGCACGAGCUGCCGGCGGACAGGAAGUACAUCUUCGGCUAUCACCCGCACGGGAUCAUCUCUCACGGCGCGUGGGCUGCCUUCACCACGAACGUGCUGGGUUUCGGCGAGAAGUUCCCAGGAAUCACCAACACGCUGGUCACCUUGGAGUCGAAUUUUAGAAUCCCCAUGUAUCGUGACUGGCUUUUGGCCAUGGGCCUCCGCUCCGUAUCGAAGGAGUCCAUCUGGAACCUCCUCGCGCGUGGCGGAUCCGACGGCCAAGGAACCGGGCGCGCCGUCACCAUCGUCAUCGGAGGUGCUCGUGAAUCCCUCGAGGCCGAACCGGGCACGCUGCGGCUGAUCCUCAAGGCGCGCAAGGGCUUCGUCAAAAUGGCUCUCCGAACCGGUGCCGACCUCGUCCCCGUGCUCGCGUUCGGCGAGAAUGCGCUCUACGACCAACUUAGUCCCAGGACGCACCCCAUGGUCCACAAGUUCCAGAUGUUCUGCCUCAAGGUCUUCAAGUUCACGUUACCGGCGCUGCAUGGCCGCGGCGUUCUCAACUACGAUAUUGGUCUGAUGCCUUACCGUCGCCCCGUGAAUGUCGUCGUCGGAAGGCCGAUCCCCGUCAAGAAGUCGGCGACGCCGGACCAGGCGGAGAUCGACAGGAUACAUGGCUUGUAUGUGGCUGAGCUGCAGAGGAUUUGGGAGGCGUAUAAGGAUGACUUCGCCCGUGACCGGGAGGCGGAGCUGGAGAUUAUUGGGUAA